CCACACUUCUUUGACCACUUUUGACGUAACGAUUAAUUUUUGCCUUAAAAUUCUCAAGCUUGGCAGCAUUUGUUAGCAGCCCUGUUUCUUAACGAAAAUAAAGUGUUUCCCUAAAUUAUCUCCAAAAUUUGAAAGCGGAAGCGCCGGAAUGAAAACAUUUUGAAAAUUCGCCGAAAAUGCCUUCAGAUACCGAUGUUUGUGCAGUAUGUAAUGCUAGAUGGGUCCCCAAUACGGACUACAUUGAGAUAUUCAGCCAACAUCCUACUACCGAAACCGAUCUACACAUUGCUGCUUUAGUUGCUAAGUUAUUGAAUAAAGUUAUUAAACCUGAUCCCGAUAAUUUGCAACUUAUUUGUAAGAAAUGUUUCACGCUGAUAUCAGAACUAGAGGAGUUACAGAGCAGGGUGGCUGAAAUAAAAAAUGAAAUAUUAGUUCAGCACGGUUCUGAAAGCGAUUUAAUUAAGCAGGAACAUGAAGAAAACCAAGAUGAAGUUGAUAGAGAGAAUGAUACUCCUAGAAAGCUACUAUUCAUUCCUUCAUCUGAUGAUGACUCUACACAAAUUGCCACGGAGAAAACGUUUGAGGAUAUUAACAUUGAAUUAUCCAGAAUGCAUGCUGUAGGUAUGGAGGAUGAUACAGAGCAGCACCAUGAGAAGGAAAAUGAUGAGAUGGAAAUUGAGACGAACAUAGAAUAUCAAAGUUUUUCUACUGACGAAGGUGACAUUAUUGAUUCAGGUGCUAUGGAACAUUCGUCAGAUUCUGAUUAUGAACCCAGAAUUUCUACUUCUGAUCUUAUUAAGCCUAAUACAUUCAUGGAAAUUCCUAUUAAUGAUCAAGAAUUCCAACUAAAACUCAACCCGUCGACUCCCGAAUCCGCCGUGAAAAUAUCGUCGAUAAAUAACGACAAAAAACCGAUCAUCCUCAGAAAAAAAAUAUUACCCAUCCAGCCAGAAAUAUCCCUUGAAGACGAAAAUAAAUCCGAGACAGCCAUCGCACUGCCUGUGGUCUCGAAGGAUGGAAAUUUGUAUACGUGUCUCCUGUGCGAGGGAGACGAAACAGUCGCCGGUGAAUCGAAGGCGAUCGUCGCCCACGUCAAGGACGCGCACGACGUGCGACUGUACAUCUGCGACGUGUGCGGGCAGGAUUUCAACAAGCGCAACCAGCUGUCUGCGCAUCUGGACGAGCACGUCGCCGCCGAAGAUGGGGAUUUCCAGUGCGAGGUGUGCAACAGGAUUUUCAAUAAUCUCAGAUUGUUCAGGAUCCACAAACGCAUGCAUUAUCCGCAAAGCAAGGCUUGGGUGUGCGAUACGUGCGGGAAGAAGUACAGCAGCAAGAAUUUGCUCGAGGAACACGUCAAUACGCACUUAGGUGUCCGACCGUACGUGUGUGGAAUGUGCGGCAAAGAUUUCGCUAGCAAAUACACGUACAAGGCGCACGAAAAGACGCAUGAGGUACGCCCUAGGCCAUUCAAAUGCACGCAAUGCGACAAAUCCUUCCUCAGUCAGCAGAAUCUCACGCAGCACGAGCGCACCCAUAUGGGCAUGAAGGAGUAUGCGUGUCAAUUGUGCGGCAAGCAGUUCGGUUCCGCGCACAAUCUGGAAGUGCAUUCGAUCGUGCACACCGGUUACAAGCCGUUCGUGUGCGGAUUGUGCGGCAAGGCGUUCGCUAGGAAGGCUGAGAUCAGGGAUCACGAGAGGACACAUACAGGUGAAAGACCGUACCAGUGCGAGUUUUGUGGGGCGACUUUCAGUCAAAGGUCCAAUUUACAAUCACACAAACGGGCCACGCAUUACGACGACAAGCGGUACCAGUGCACGAUUUGUGGCAAGGGAUUCAAACGGAGACGGCUGUUGGACUAUCACAUUAAAGCGGCGCACACAGGUGAGAGGCCGUUCAAAUGCGAAACGUGCGAAGCCACGUUCGUCUAUCCGGAGCAUUUCAAGAAGCACCGGAGGAUUCACACCGGCGAGAAGCCGUUCUUGUGCGAAGUGUGCGGCAAAGCGUUCAACAGCAGAGACAACAGGAACGCGCAUCGAUUUGUCCAUUCGGAUAAGAAGCCCUACGAGUGUCUCGUAUGCGGGGCUGGAUUUAUGAGGAAACCUUUGUUGUACCAACACAUGCAGGCUCAGGGCCAUCUGAACGACACCAUCGUGGUGAACCAGCCGCGAUUGACCACCGAAGAUGAUCAAUUGGUGACGGUGAACGCCGCUGGCGUUACUGAAAUUUUUGAAGAAGACGGCACCGAGCACAUCAUCAUCGACGGGCAACAAAUCAGUUUCGCCGAAGUCGGCAGCGAAGAGGAAAACGAGGAAAUCAUCGAUGAAAUAGAGCAGGUGGUGGCCGAUCAAACGGACGAAGACUACGAAGAAUUAAUCACUAGCGACGCCCUAGCGAAUGGAGAAACUCAAAUAAUCGAAACACCGGACGGGCCGAUUCAGUUGGUCAAAGUGCGAAUACCGAACGAGAACGGGGAGGAAGAAGAGGCGUGGAUAAAGAUCGUUCCUGAAUAAUAUUCCGAUUCAUUAUUUAUUUAAUUGAUUCUUUUUACUAUUAUUAUUAUAUUAUAUUCUUCAUUAAGACCCAAUUUGCUUUUUAAGAUAGAA